AUGUCAGGGAUGAAGGUAGAAGAAGCUGGUGAUUUUGACUGGUCUUAUACAGAAGAGCCACACGCAGCCAGAAGGCUUGAGAUAAUACAGAAGUACCCAGAAAUCAAGAAGUAUUUUGGUAUUGAUCCGUCGUUCAAGUAUGUUGUGGUAGCAAUGGUAUUGGCUCAAUUUAGUAUUGCUUGGCUUUUACGAGAUUCUGACUGGCUUCUAAUUUGUCUCCAAGCUUACUGCACUAGUGGGACCUUUGGACACUCUCUUACAUUAGCAGUUCACGAAAUUUCACACAAUAUGGCAUUUGGUUGUGCUCAUCCCCUUGCAAACCGAUUAUUUGGAAUGGUUGCUAAUUUACCAAUGAUGAUACCUAUGUCAGUUUCGUUCAAAAAAUACCAUCAGGAGCAUCAUCGCUAUAUGGGUAUCACUGAGUCAUCUUUUGUUUUUAAAUUAUUCAGGACAUAUAUUUUAGGAUAUGACGUAUUGGACACUGAUGUACCAACGGUAUUUGAAACGCGAUAUUUCAAGCAUACUUUAGGGAAAUUGUUGUGGUUAUUUUUGCAGCCAGUAUUUUAUGGUACUCGGCCGUUUUUAAUCUAUCCCAAAGCUAUUACGGAUUUAGAAAUUCUAAACGCGAUUAUCCAAAUUAUGGUGGACUAUGUUGUAAUAACGUGUUUUGGUUGGAAGGCUUUUGCAUAUUUAUUCGUCGGGUUUCUCCUUGGUUCUGGUGUUCAUCCUCUUGCUUGUCAUUAUAUUUCAGAUCACUAUGUCUUCAGACGUGGUCAGGAAACUUACAGGUAG